AUGGCAGGGACUGACGGAAACCAAGAUAUCGAAGGUAAAAUCGGCGUGACAGAUAUUGUCAUCAUCGUCAUCUAUUUCGUCUUCGUCAUCAUUGUCGGUUUAUGGUCUAUGUACAGAACCAACAGGGGCAAUGCCAGCGGAUACUUCCUUGCAGGACGAUCAAUGUGGUGGUUACCGAUUGGUGCAUCAUUAUUUGCGAGUAACAUUGGAACCGGACAUUUUAUCGGAUUAGCAGGGACAGGUGCAGCAUCGGGACUAGCAGUGGCCGCUUAUGAAGUUAUGUCAGGAUAUGCCAUUCUUCUAUUGGGAUGGAUCUUUCUACCUGUCUACGUCUCUUCUGGGGUCUACACGAUGCCCGAGUAUCUCCGUGUUCGUUAUGGAGGUCAGCGACUUCGGAUAGCGAUGUCUAUCCUCGCACUAUUCCUUUAUGUAUUUACAAAAAUAUCCGUUGAUAUUUUCGCUGGAGCAGUAUUCAUUCAACAGGCUUUUCAGUGGAACAUAUACGCUUCAAUAUUCGUGCUCUUAGCUGUAACUGCUGUUUACACCAUUACAGGUGGCCUUGCAGCAGUGAUCUAUACGGACACUCUUCAAGUUUUGAUCAUGCUUAUUGGCGGUUCAUAUCUCAUGGUAACAAGCUUUAUCAAGAUAGGGAGCCUGGAACAACUAAGGCUAGAAUACAUGCAGUCCAUUCCAUCUUCCACACUGAACGAUACGGAUUCCACCUGCGGAUACCCGAGACAAGACGCCUUUAGUAUGAUCCGGGAUGCAACUACUUCGGAUCAACCAUGGCCCGGGACCGCUCUUGGUAUCAUGGUGAUAGGUACUUGGUACUGGUGUACUGACCAGGUCAUCGUACAACGUUCCCUUGCAGCGAAGAAUGUCACACACGCGAAGGGCGCCUCUAUCGUCGCAAGUUACCUCAAAUUCCUCCCACAAUUCCUCAUCGUGAUGCCAGGAAUGAUCGCUCGAGUCCUCUAUACAGAUGAGGUCGCAUGUACAGACAGUGAAUCGUGUAUGAAGUAUUGCCAGAACCCAACCUCGUGUUCAAACAUAGCAUACCCUCUGCUCAUCCUGAGACUCAUGCCAAUCGGUGCUCGUGGGUUGAUGAUGGCCGUCAUGAUAGCCGCCUUGAUGAGCUCAUUAACAUCCAUAUUCAACAGUGGGAGUACCAUUUUCACCAUGGACCUGUGGCGCCGCCUACGUCCGAAUGCGAAGAACCGAGAGUUGAUGAUAGUAGGAAGGCUCUUCGUCCUUGUCCUCGUUGCCAUCAGUAUCCUGUGGGUUCCCAUAGUCCAGGUAGCACAAGGUGGCCAACUCUUCCAGUACAUCCAGUCUCUGCAAUCUUACUUUGCUCCACCUAUCUUUGUCUGCUUCGUCUCGGGAGUAAUCUCAGUCAGGACCAACGAGAAGGGAGCCUUUUGGGGUUUCUCCAUCGGCGUUGUUCUUGGUGUGAUACGGAUGAUCCUUGACAUUGUCUAUCCUGCACCAGCCUGUGGAUCGCAGGAUGGCCGACCUUCGGUUGUCAAGAAUGUCCACUUCCUCUACUACAAUUGCAUCGUGACCUUGGUGUGCCUGGUUGUGACUUGGACCAUUAGCCUGUUCACCUCUAAACCUACACUCGAUCAGGUACUUGGCAAGACUUUCUGGACCCGUGGAAUGAAAUCCCAAGAAGACGGGCAAAAUCACAACGGCACUUUAACCACUCACUUAGGGAAUAAUAAAACCGUGAAGGAUGUCCGGAAAAGACUCGUAAUGCAAGAAAAAACGCCAACCCACGUUCCUAUAGAGAGUUCCCAAACUGUUCAACUUUCAACUCAAAAGCAAAGAGAGAAAAGGGGCAAGUAUUACAAUUCUUACAUGUCAUGA